AUGUUCAGAGCUGCAAAGGCCAGAAAUUUCCUUGAGUGCAAAGAACAGUUUGGCUUAUUCCCUAAGUGCGCUGUGGUCGUCGUUAAGAAGAGAAUCAACAAUAGAUUUUGCUCCUUGAACCAAGGAAAUCUCGUCAACCCAUCCCCAGGAACGGUGAUCGACUCAGUGGUCACCAAACCAGACUUGUACGACUUCUUCCUUGUCAGUCAGUCUGUACGCCAGGGCACGGUCACUCCAACCAGUUACAAUGUGAUCUGGGACAAGUCGGGUCUGGCACCAGACAGCAUGCAAAGCCUGACCUACAAGCUCACCCAUCUGUACUUCAAUUGGCCGGGAACCAUUCGUGUACCGGCCCCCUGCCCCUACGCUCACAAGCUGUCUUUCCUUGUUGGCCAAAGCCUGCACAAAGAACCGCGGAUUGAGUUGGCUGACCGGCUGUUCUUCCUAUAGGCAGUAAGACCAGGGGUAAUAUGCAAACAAAUGCUUAUAUAUCUUUAAUACCAACGUUGGCAGCGUUUGCACAAGUGGGACUGACUGUUUUCAUCGGCGAAUGUUAACAGCAAAGGCAAAUAUUCUUCCUGUGUCGUAUUAUCCAAAAUUAAACUUUCAUGCUGUAACGCUAAAGCUCCAUGUUGGAGAUAUCAUCACUGUUUUGCUCACACAAAAAAUUGGAAAUUAGCAUAAAGAAAGUGACUGGAAGGAUUCAAAAUAAUGUAAAUGGGGCACAAAACAGCAAUUAAUGAUUACUCCUCUUUCAGUUUGUCAUCUGGUUAAAAAAACAUGAAAACUACUUCAUGAUGAGGGUUUUGAGGUCACAAGAAGUUAGGUCAUUCCAUGGGUCGGAUGGUCACCAUCUCAGAUUUUAUUUUUAAUAUUCUUCCAUAAGAUCCAAUUGUUUGUUAUUCCAUAAGACCAAUUGUUGUGAUCUUCCAUAAGAUCUAAAUGUUGCGAUCUUUCGUAAGAUUCAAUUGUUGCGAUCUUCCAUAAGAUCCAAUUGUUGCAAUAUUCCAAUUGUUGCAAGUUCAAAAGAAAAGUUAAUUAAGAAUUUUUUGUUGUAGAAUUGUGAACUUGCACAAAAUGUAGGCUUGUAGAUAUUAUGCGAAAUUUUUAAACCUGAUUUACCUUAAGUUGCACAAGUUUAAAAAACAACACAAUUUUCUGAGGUUUCUACAAGUCUUUUUAAAGUGUAUAGCAGUUACAAUGUAGAAAAUCCAUCAUGUGUUUUGUAAUUUGACUGAAGCAUGACAGCAGUGUUUUAUUCAUCUUACAUCCUGCCAAAAUGUACUGGUCUGUAACAUGUUUCAAAUCUUGUCAUAGGUUUCUCCGUAAACUCUUUUCACAGCCUUGCAUCCAGUCUGCUAAUAUUGUCCUUGUUUUUCAAGUUGGACACUAGUCUAGACUUAAAAUGUUAAAAAUUGGUUCAUGCUUCCAAAUCACUUGGAAUACUUGAUAAGAUCAUGAGAGGAAACUUCUGGUUUUCUAAUUUGAAUUGAGACCUUUAAUUCGAGAUGAUUAAAAAAUACUUAUGAUCUCAUCUUUACCUUUAUUUUAAACAAAAUGGCGAAUUU